UGUCUUACUUCACCUUCUCCUUCUCCAUCAAAACCCUAAAUUCACAUCCCCAAUUCUCUCUGCAUAAUUUCUCCGAUUCCAUAAUGCCACCGACGCCGGCUCAACCACACCUCAACGGCGCCUACUAUGGCCCUUCUAUCCCUCCCAAAACCAAAUCCUACCACAGCCCUGGCCGCGGCAGCAGUUGCAACCCCUUAACUUGUUGUUGCAGCUGUAUCUGUGGUUGUAUAUUCAAUCUCAUCUGCCAAAUUCUCAUCACCAUCGCCGUCUUCCUCGCCAUCAUCGGCUUAAUCUUCUGGUUCAUCUUCCGCCCCAACGUCCCCAAAUUUCACGUCGCCGACGCCACUCUCACCCGAUUCACCCUCUCUCCGACGAACAACACUCUCUACUACAACCUCGCCGUCAACAUGACGUUCCGGAAUCCUAACCGCCGAUUGGGGAUCUACUACGACAAAAUCGAGGCUAACGCGUUGUACCACGGCCAGAGGUUUUCGACGGCGGAGGUUGACGGAUUCUUUUUAGGGCAUAAGAAGGAGAAUAAUUUGAGUGCGGUGUUUAAAGGAGAACAACUGGUGUUUCUCGGCGGUGGUGAAAAAUCGAAAUACGAUUCGGAGAAGGGCGAUGAUGUUUACAACAUCGAUUUGAAGCUGAGACUCAAGAUCCGAUUCAAAGUCUGGUGGGCGAAAACCCCUAAAUUUAAACCCAAAUUCGAAUGCGAUUUGAAGGUUCCAUUGACUACUAAAGGUAAGGUUUCAUCUGCGAAAUUUGAACGAACCAAGUGUGAUUUCGAUUGGUAGAGAAGAAGAUCAUGAUCUCGAUCGCAUUGAUGAUUCUUCCAUCGAUCUACUGAUUCUUGAUCUUUGUUUCUGAUUCUCACUCUGUUUCAUGCAAUUUUUUGGAGAUAUAUAUAUAUAUAUACAGUGAUGAAUCUAAAUUCUGAUUAAUGGGUAUUGUUUGUUAUCGUUUUUGGAUUUGGAUCU